AUGUCGAUAUCAGUAUACAUUGGACACAACGGCCGUUGUCUUGUCCUCGACCCAAGCGAGACCAGCAGCCUCGACGCCGUCCGAUCGUGGAUCGCCUCGCAGACCAAUAUCUCGCCUCGGAGCCAGAUCCUCCUCACAUCGCAGGGGAAGCAAGUCCGCAAUCAGACACUCUUGACCGAGAACGAGCUAUUCGUGUUCGAUUCGGGCUGGUUGAACGGGAAGAAGGCGCCUACAGCUGGUAAAGAUGGAUCGGAGAGCGCGGAGAGUGAGGACUUCGUGCCAGGGGUAGCACCGGAUACCAUCAGCAAUCAGAACGAUCUCCAGUCAUGGCAGAACCUUUUCCGAUUACGCAAGAGCUGGGCAGCCGACCUGCUGGAAGGCUGCGCAGCUCGCGCAACACUGGCCGAGCAAUACAAAGCAGAGCAAUCUGUCAUCGAGAGGAGCUUGGGAGUUGCAGUGGCUAGCUUGCAACAACAUAUCAAAACUGGGGAGAAGCAAUACGCGCAGAGUGCCGUAUGGUCCAGCGAGCUGUUGCAGGAUCAACAAGCGCAUACCGAGAAAUGGGAGCAGAACUUGGGCAGUUUGCGCAGUAUUCCCGCGCGAUCAGAGUUCGCUCGAUUCAUCCCUCCAAUGGCGCCCAUAUCAGGCUCUCGCCGCAACUCCCAGCAAUACAUUGCCACGCUGCAAGGCUUUAUCGAUGUCGUUACCGUGAAGCAGGCCGCCGGUGCCGCGAAGUCUCUCGUCAACGAUCUUGCCAACAGAAUAGACAAGGUCCGCGAGGAUCUUACAUCCGCUGCUGAGAGUAGCAAUGAGCUUCUGCGCGCCGUAGGCCAAAUCAACAACCGUUCUCUCGCUGAUAGUACCUCGGAGCCGGCACAGCUGGUGAAGGAGAUCGAGAUGGUUGUCAAGAAAAUGGCUUCUGACCUCGAACACGUCCAAUCGCUCUCGCAGACCGCACCAGCCUUGUCGCAAGCAUCGAAGAUGGCCCUCCUACACACACGCAACUACCUACCGAACCUGAGCGAUUAUUGCAACGAGAUGAACGAGCUGGUCCAACGAACACGAGAACAAAGAGCGAGUGCAGUUGAUACAACUUGGGAACAUAUGCGGACUCUUUCUGCCAUCGAGUCCCGACUCGCGAAGCUGUACCAGGAUAUCAAGGAGCUGGACGUUCCUGCAGAUGAGCAACAGCCAUUCAUGACCUUGAGCAUAGUGUCGCGACUGCCCUCUGUGUACGGCCAGCUUCUUGUGGAGUCCAUCAGGCGUCGCGAGUGGGUCGCAAAGAUGAAGCGAGAUUGUGGGACACUACAGGAAGAGGUUGCGACCUACCAGGACGAAGAAGACAAACGGCGCAAGAAGUGGAUACGGAACGUUGAAGAUGUUGUCAGUCCGGUCGCAUUUCAGACCAGACCGCUCGGGAUCGAGCUGAGCUUGAAGAAUGAAGGUGGCAGCUGGCCAAUGGUGACACGGGAGGAAGUUGCAGAGUACUUGAAUACGCUUCUAGAAGUCUACGGGCCGGGUCCAGUCACAGAAGAGCUCGAACAAGCCAUCAAGGAUCUUGACAAGCCGACGCGGCGGCAGGUCAAACAUGCCAAAGCAUUCAAGAAUGGCAGCAUGCACGAGGCAGCUUUUGGCGACACCUCGUUGAUGCUUCGAGGUGAUGAGCAGGGUAAGGCUCUGCGAGAAGCCAACACCCGUCUGGAGGAAGACUUGAGAGCUCAGAAAAGCCGUGAGAGACGACUUGCUAAGCGCGUUGUCGACCUUGAAGCAGAGUUGCAGACUAUGAAAGAUGCUGCGAUGGUUCGAAAGAGCUCCGAUGCUGAAACCCAGAAGCAGGUAGAGGAGGCAAUGUCCACUAAGAGGGACCUCAUGGAAAACAUGGAAGCUCAGCAGCGAGAAUUUGCUACCGAGCGGAUGAACCUGGAAAAGGACCUUCGCGAAGCCAGAUACAAGAUCGAAGAAGCAGAGAAUGAGAUUGAGCGCGCUGACGAGGAGAUGACGAGGCUGAAAGAAGAUGCUUCAGGUCACGCUACACGGGCUGCGACAGAACAGGACGCCAGGACCUCGAUCGAGAAGAAGUACGAUCAAGCUGAGAAAGCGAGAGUACAUGCGGAAGAGGAAUUGCGGAAGCUGCAAAGUGCACAAGAGCAGAAGCGUGAGGUGGAGUCAGAACAAUUGCAGUCACUUGCAGCUGCGCACUCCAACCUUGCCCCGGAUGCUGCGACUCCGGACGGCUUGAUUGCUUUGGCUGCUGCCGUCGAGGAGCUGUCCCGGAGGUCUGCUGCUCACGCAAAAGAUCUCGAAGAAGCGAUCAGCCUCGCAAGGUCUGAAAAUGAGUCCCUUUCGUCGACUCACGAGCGAUCAAAGACCGACUUUGCGACUCUUACCCAGCAUCACACCGGGACUGAAGAUCAGCUUCGACAGACCGAGGAGAAGCUGGCAGCGGCAGAGGCGAAGAGCAAGUCUUUGGAGGAAGAACUCGGCCUGGAGCAAGAGCAACUUCGAAUGCUUCGCAGCAAAUUUGCGGAAGGUGAGACUGGUUCCGAGAUCUUGAGACAACGAGUGACCGAGGAAGAGGAGCGGGCUGGCAAGCUGUCCUCUGACCUUGCGGAAGCACAAUCGCACAUCACCAGUCUAGAUGCCGAGCUCAUGCGGCUCCAGAAGAUGCAGAAGCAAUAUGCUGCCACUGCCGACACGUCCUCCGACAGAUUGGCCAAGCGUGCAGAGCGCGCGAAAGAGGUCUCGCAGAAGUUGUACGUGCAGAACCUUCGUCUGAGCAGGCUCCUCGAGCGCUUGGGCUUGAUGGUAGCGUAUCAGAAUGACUCUAUGGUCGUGGAACGUGCCUCGAAGAUGGCUGCUAGCACCAGCAUCAUGGACCCACAUUCUCAGAUGAGUCGCACAGCGUCGGCUGUUCAGUCACCACCUCCGACUAGGAAGUCUUCCGCUGCCGAUAAUGAAGCUCCGACAGAUCUCAGACUUCUCCACUGGCCAGAUGCAACGACUGCGGAAGAUGAGGCCAAUCAGUUUGAGGCAUUCCUCAACCACAUCUCUCGCUUCGACUUGGAUGUAUUUUCCGAAGCGGUGACGAAGCGAGUUAAGGACUUUGAAUACACCGCCAAGAAAUACAGCAAGGAGUCGAAGGAGUCCACGAAACGAGCUGACGCUUACAAAGACCGCGCGGUCAAGUUGAGGAAUGAGGCACACUCCAAGAUCGCCGUGCGAGACUUCAAAGAAGGUGACAUGGCACUCUUCCUUCCCACGCGAGGAGGACAGGUCAAAGGCGCUUGGGCUGCGUUCAACAUCGGCUGUCCGCACUAUUUCCUUGCAGAACGCGAUGGCAUGCGGCUGGGCACUCGCGACUUCAUCGUAGCCCGCAUCCAGAGAGUGGAGCAGAAAAUCGUGGACCUCAGCGGUCAACGCACAGCAUCAGGAUCACAUCUCCCAGCCGAUGGUCGUAGCAUUGAAACCCAAGCGAGUGAAUCUUUGCAACUCGAAGACGACAAUCCCUUCGAUCUCUCCGACGGCCUGACAUGGUGGAUGGUCCACGCUGUCGAGGAACGCGGAGCCGGCGCCGCACCCACCACGCCUGGUCUGGGCAAGAGCACCGUCAGCACCGCAACUGUGGACGCCAAAGGCAGCAUCCGCAUCAAACCUCGUAGCAAAGGCGACGACGCUAGCAAGCAUCUUAACAAGAGCUUGGACAGUCGUCGCAGCAGCACUACUUCCAAGAAGGGCGUGUCUGCGCUUGCGAGUCCGCCGUCUGCUUCACUCACGCCUACGAACCUCGAUGGUGCGCGCUCUCGCUCGGAAAGUCAAAGCUCCAACCUCAACCAGCCUCCUGCAGCUGCUUCGCUUCGUCCAAUGCCCAUGCCAGCAGGCUCCGGCUUGGGAAUAUCCGAUCCCAUCACCUCUUCCGCCUACACAUCUCCCUCCUCCGACACCAACAAUAACCCUCAGGCCUACGAACAGGUGCGCAACGACCUCCUCUGGGGCCCAUGACGCCAGCCAAUCCGCGCCGAAUCAUGACCACCACAUCCAUUCAACCUACCAACGAACCACCAAUUCUAACACCCCCCUCACAGACUCGUCGAGCGUCCCAUACCCCAGCUCCUACCCCCACAACCAAUCAACAUGAUCAAGACCACAUAAUCGCGGCACAACAAGCACCCACCAAGAAACCCGCAAGUACACGCUCCAAGUCCCCUUCCAAGUCCGUCCGCUCUUUACAGCGGCAUCUGGAGCCCCCUGCUGGUGGUAGUGCUGGUGGAGGAGGAGG